AUGUUCGAAGCUCGUCUUUUACAUGGUUCAAUUUUUGCAAAAGUUAUUGAAGGUCUUCGUGAAUUAGUCAAUGAAGCAACAUGGGAAUGUAGUGGCAAUGGAAUUACAUUACAAGCUAUGGAUAGUUCUCAUGUUGCAUUAGUUUCACUUGUUAUGCGAAGUGAAGGUUUUGAAUCAUAUCGAUGUGAUCGAAAUAUGAGUUUAGGUAUUAGUCUUGUCAGUAUGUCGAAAGUAUUGAA